CAUUCUCUGUGAACCGUAGAGAUGGCCUUGUGGCAAAAUCUCAGUAGAUCAGCAGUUUCUGAAAUACUCAAACCAUCCCAUCUGGAACCAACAGCCAUGAAAAGCCACUUAAAUCACCUAUUCUGACAUGCACUUUGAACUUCACCAAGUCGUCUUGACCAUAAAGUUGUGGCCACGUGAUUGGCUGAUUAAAUAUUUGGAUUAAUACAGUUGAGCAAGUGUACUUAACAAAGUGGCCUUUGCUUUAACAGGAAGAUGGUACUGCGAGCCUGUGGCUUUAUCAUAUUUCGCCGUCUAGUCGGCCGCAUCCCUUCUCCAGGCAAUAUCGAGUAUCUCCUCCUGCAGACAUCUUAUGGGGAACACCACUGGACGCCACCGAAAGGUCAUGUGGACCCAGGUGAGGAUGACCUCACCACAGCACUGAGAGAGACCAAGGAGGAGGCGGGGCUGGGGGCAGAGCACCUGAAAGUGAUAAAAGGCUUUGUUCAGGAGUUGCACUAUGAGGUGCGUGGCAAACCCAAAGAGGUGCUGUACUGGUUGGCCGAGCUGAAGGACCCAGGGACUGCUGUGACUUUGUCUGAUGAGCACCAGGAUUACCGCUGGGCCCAGCUGGAGGAAGCCUGCACUCUGGCCCGGUACAAAGACCUGCAGGACACACUGAGAGCAGCACACAGACACCUAGAGGCAUGUCAGGACAAACAAUGAUGUGUCACAGAGGAGAGGAUCAUAAAUGGGAAGUAACUGCCUGCUGGUAUGUGGGAUUGUACCUUUUUCUGGAAGAGCAUCUGUUUUGAAAGCACUGCUCCUAAUUCCUUUAAUUGAGUGAGUCUGACUUUCCCUGCCUUGUCUUUCUUUAAAUACUUUCCAGAACCUUAUGUAAGAGAAAGACUCCCUUAAGUCACAAAAAAUCACAAAGAAAAUAAAAUCAACAGUUGAAUACUAAUUACUGCACAAAAAUACGACUGUGCCCUUGAAUCUCCUUAGUAAUAGGAUUAAAUGCAUAAAUGAUGCGUUUUUGAUUGUAAAUAAGCUGUAUUGCAGGUUUGUGCAUUACAGCUGUUUUUUUGGUCAUUUUUUUUCGGUCUGUCUCCACUUUGAAUUAAAUUUAGACCAACAUGAAA